AUGCAUCGGCAGGCUAUCACAACUCUCUCAUAUUUGUUUCCAACGGAAGGCCUGUUAAGGUGUAGAAAUACACCGCAUGGCAAAUUCCGUCGCCUUUCCGGCACUCUCCGCAUACAACAGCCCAAGAUCAAGAACAUCCCCAGCUGCAGCAGACGUGGAAUCAUUACGCUUCCCAACAAAUCACAUCAUGUGAUAUGGGAGAGUGAGAUGAAAAAGGAAGCUUCUUUUGAUCAAAAGGUGUUUGACUUGUCUCGUGCUUUAGCACAAAGCCGAGUAAAUGAUGCAACGGAGCUGCGCUGCAUGGUCUUGGAUGUUGAUGGGUCUAUCAAAGAAUCUGAAACUCAAGGAACUAAGGACGAUCUUGCUAAACAGUGGGGAUUAGAUGGACGUGAUCUGCGUAACGUGGAUCUUGUGUCAGAGGGAAUCCCGAAUUUGCUGGUCCGUCCAUCCGUCAUCUUUAUCAGCAUGUUCACCUUGCGGCUGCUAGUCCGCACUGAUGGGGUGCUUCUUUUUCUUCUCCCAAUUGAGGACUGCCACGUGAAGGUGCAGGAUGUCUUCAUGACAGACCUCCGGAGUAGGCUACAGCCCUGUCCUGGCUCGGGUCUUUUAACAAAACUCCCGUUUGAGCUACGUGUAGUGGAUGCAGCGCUUGCUUCUGUGGUCGCAACUCUUGAAGCUGAACAUGUUCUCAUUCGUCGAGCAGUUGAAGAGAGCUUGCAUGAUUCAACAAUGGAAGAUGUUGUCCACUCCGUUCUCCGCGGGUUGCAGGAUAACAGAAAGAGGCUCAUGGCCAUCGAACAGCGUGCCCGCCAGUUCCGCUCGGCGCUACAGGAAGUUCUCGAAGAUGAUGAAGAUAUGGCGAUGAUGUUCUUGUCGGAUCGACAGGCAGGCCGACCGCAUGAGGUAGAGGAUCACCUAGAAGUGGAAUAUCUCCUUGAGGCAUAUUACAAGAACACAGACGCAAUCGCAGAAUCUGCAACUGCUUUACUAGGGGAUUUGGAACGCACCACGGAGACCAUUCAAUCGAUCUUGGAUGUGCGACGAAAUCAGAUCUUGAUUUUUGAGGCCCAACUGGAGAUCUGUAUGUUGGGAUUUGCUGUGUCGACUUUUGUGGCGGGCCUGUUUGGGAUGAACGUAGCGAACUUCUUUGAAGAGAGUACUUCGGCGUUUGUAAUUCUUGUUGGAGCAUGUGUGAUGGGAACGGUCACGAUCUCGAAGUAUGGCCUAUGGAAGCUGGAUAGAUUCCGAAAAUUGCGAUUUUAA